UACAGGUUAGUAACGCUUUUACUCCGUGGCUGCUUCUUUGCUUGUUCAGGUUAUAACGACCAGCAGCAGCAAUAUUACCAGCAGCCGGAGGCCCAACUCCAAGAGUACCAGUAUCAAGAUCCCCAGCAUCACUACAACUACGGCUGGUACGAGCCGGCCGACGCUUAUAACUACCCCCAGAACGAAGUGGCACCCAUUCUUGAAAGCCAUAAAGGAGGUCGCACAGCAGCAACUGGCCCAUGGUGUGCGGUUUUCUCAUGCUUCUCGGGGCCUUGGUGAUCAUUAUUACGGUCUUAUUUCUGUCCAUAAGAGACAGUGACAUGGAGGAAAAUGAAGCUGCACCAGGAUCAUCUGGAAAAGGCGGUGGUGGCGGAAGCAACGUGUUGGUUGUUCCUCAUGCGCCGGCACCACCUCCGCCACCCGUCGUACCGGAACAAGAUACGGGCUCGUCCAUUACAAAGGCGACUCGGAGGCCAAAACCUCCGCCGAUGACACCAACGCCAACAACGCCAACAACUUCGACAACUACAACGACGCCACCCCCUCCUUUGCUGUGCUCGGUGGGGACGCAGACGGCGAUUUCUAAGCUCUUCCCGCCGGACAAUUUAUGCGACAUCGUCAUAUACACGCACGUGCGCGUGUUCCACAAAACUGUGAUUGGGACCGUCAACGACAUCAGCUACCAGGCAUUCAGGAACGCCUGCAGCACUUACGUUGACACCUCGUGCGGCUUGUCCUUCCACGUCCGCCACCUCGAACAGGACAUGUUUCAGACCGUGGAAGUCAGGGACGACCUGUCCACGUUGAAGCAGCAGCACCGGGUGUACCACUACGGCAUCCUGAACAUCAUCGAAGAUAGCACACAUGUCGAAAGACUCGCAACCGUGAUCGUGCCUGCUAUACUCAAGGUAAUGCGGAAGCUGCUGGGUUCCAACAGAGAACGCAACAAGGUCUUCGUGGGCGUUGGGUACUACUUCUACGAUGAGAGAAGUGCAUGGACUGACCUGGAGUACACUGCGGAAAACCUCGCAUUGACUGAGGUAGAUAUCGUGGUGAUACUGACCACAGUUCUGACGAUGCCGAGCCCCGCACGCUGCCUCACGCUGCCUGUCAACGUGUACAAGAGCCGGGACUCGCAUCCAGCCACUCUGGACAAGGCCUACCGCAUGGCGACGUCACAAUUCUCGAGGCCGGUGCUCGUCGUGGCCUUGGCACUGCAGAUGGGCGUCGCCGUUUACAGCAUGAACGAGAGCCACAGCAGUGCCAACAGUGCGCUGUACAAACCAUGCACUGGCUUCGGCCUCUCGGACUACUCUCAGCUGGUGAGCGAUGGGCAUGCUUUUAUAGCAUACAGCUCAUCCCUUCUGGGCAUGCGGUUCCUGACGUCAUCGUGGCCCAGAUGGCGAGCCGAAAAGACCAUCCACGUGUCGAUGCUCCUGGAUACCGGUGAGCUCAGCAAACUGGCCGAAGUAACCGCCCACACAGAGGUGUCGCAGCAGGCUAGUAUGGUAGGGAAGCGUGAUGUUUCCAGCGUCAAACGGUUUCGCAGCGUCUCCAGCGAUGAGGCUAAGGCAUGCGCAGAGAACCUGUAUGAACAGCUGCACGUCAGGCGACAUUAUCACGCCGGUGCCUCCGCGUCCACUCGCAUCGAAAAUGAGGAGCCUGCUGAAGGCAGAAGAAAUUCAACUGAAAGAGAACCAAAUUUGGGUAACAAUAUCUUCCUUGGCGAGUGA